CAUCACCUCUACCUCUGACAGCGAUAGGACCACCAUCUCCCCAUCAUUUUUCUCUCACAAGUCAUCUUGUCAUCGGGGGGUGCGACCUAUUUCCUUCCGAUAUUUCCAAACUUCCGAGUGGAAUCUCGUACCAGAAAGGAAGCUUUUGGCCGGUACAAACAUAAUCUCCUCUCAUUUCUAAAACAUUUGGCCGGCGAGCUAUUUCUCUCACAUUCACUUUUCAGCUUUUCACCGUACCACUAUAUGGGCGAUUACUUCAGCAUUAGACACUGAUUCCGAUCCUUAUUUACUUUUCUAGCUAAUGGAAGGGCCGCAUCGAAGAAAAUAAGUACGGAGCAGCUCCUGGAAGGGCCGCAUCGAAGAAAAUAAGUACGGAGUAUAUCAUCUACUGGAAGGGCCGCAUCGAAGAAAAUAACUACUGGAAGGGCCGCAUCGAAGAAAAUAAGUACGGAGCAGGCUUUGGUUGUUCAAGCUACAUAUACUGGAAGGGCCGCAUCGAUCUAACUUCACAUCUGUAAACAUGGCAUUUAAAGGAUGCCCCGGUGUUGAGGACUCCUUCAGCUUGACGAACACGAAGGGACUACUUCAGUCGGACGUUGUCUGUGAUGAAUUUGGUUUCUGCCAUGCAUACGCAUCUGCGGAGGUUGUUGGAGCUGUAUAUGCGUACGAGCAGAGUCUCAAGACCAAAACUUGGCCUGUAACUCACAUACCAUUAUCUGCACAACAAUUAAUUGAUGCGUUGCCCUACAACCCGGAAAUUGGUAUGGUGAACGACUACAUCAAAAACUAUGGGAUCACUACUAAGAGUGAUUAUGACAAUGCACGAGCCAUAAAUGAAGAGCUUAUAAACAUCCAUCAGAUGAUCCGUUACCGUCCUAGCACGGUAACAAAUAUAAAAAACUCCGUAGAUUUAAAGAGAGAGCUAAGGAGGUACCCCUUGGUAGGGGUGAUUGACACGGCCAGUGAAUCACUUCAUCACUUAAAACGCCAUGAUAUAUAUGCAUCGAAUGGGAUUGGAGACCACGCUGUUAUUCUUACGGGAUACGGCACUGUGAGAAAUCAAAAGUGCUACGAAUUUAAAAAUAGUUGGGGUGUUGAGUGGGCAUGUGAUGGUUAUGGGCUGGUAGAGCGUGAUGCUGUUCUUUCCAUUUGGAGACCCAAGGAGAUACAGGUUGUUGAGCCGGGCGGUGCUGAUUGGAGGUUUGGGCGGUUGGUGUUUUGGAUUGCUGAAGAGGGCGGUGGUCUUGACUAUAUAGUCAUGUUAUUUCGGUAGCUUUGGGGAGGUGCAACGAGUUUAGGCUGCCAAUCGAUAGCAAUAGCAGGGUCUUCGGCGGAGGAUUACAGAAGGCAUAUGGAAAGCUUUGUUGAUCGUUACAAGCAGAUGGCGAUCGGUGAUGACGAAAAAGAGCUAAAUCUCGAUGAAGGUGAGGUUGAAGCGUAAGCAUCGUCUCUUUGAGAUCCGGGAAUUUGACCUUGCGGUCUGUCAGCACCUGGCCGAUCACUGGAAAACCCGUCGCCGCUUCCUCCGCCGGAAUUCCUUCAACCUCACCUUCAUCGAGAUUUAGCUCUUUUUCGUCAUCACCGAUCGCCAUCUGCUUGUAACGAUCAAAAGGUACAUGUGGGUGAAAGAAAUCAGUGAAAAAGGUACAUGUUUUCGUUUAAUCGUCGUUUUGAUAUGAAGCGUGUGCUUGAAGGAGGUCCUUGGCAGUUUGAACUUAGUCUGGUAAUGUUAAAAGAAGUUAUGCCUGAUGAUAUCCCACACAAAAUUAUAUUAAAAGAGACUGAGUUUUGGGUACAGAUUCAUAAUGUUCCCUUAUAGUCUUGUUAAUCUGGGUUAGGAGAAUUUAUUAAAUAUGAUGAUAACCAGAAGAAGGAGAGAUUAGAGCCAUAUAUGAGGGUUAUGAUUCUUAUGAAGAUAGAUAAAUCGCUAAAGAGGGGCCAAAUCUGAAAAAAGAUGGUAAAAGUUUUUGGGUAGAUUUUAAAUAUGAAAGAUUACCCAACUUUUGCUUUAUCUUUGCUUUGAUUGGACAUUCAGAUAAUUUUUGUCCCUUAAAUUAUGAAGAAGGCUUAGUUUUAGAAAAAGAUUUGGAACCCAACUUAGAGCAGGUAGCGGGGUGAAGACCAGCCCUACGGGAGGGCAAAAUUAGCUCCUGGAUGGUUCAUCGAGCUCUGGCAAAACGGGUGGCGGUCCAGGGACAUCCAAAUAAAAAGGAAAGAUGGUAAAAAAGGAAAAGUGUCAAGGACUGAAUCAGCCCAAAGCUAUACACAAGGAGGGGAGGAGCCAAAAGAAGAGGUUUCUAAGAGGAGGAAGAUCUAAGAGAUUCAGACAGAGAAGGAGCAAGUGGAGGACACCAUGGCUAUGGAUGGGACAAAAAACGGGGAGGAGGCGGGCUUUGCUCCUUAAGCCCGCCGAAGAUGCUGGUUAAAGGUUGGAGGCCGCAAGUCAGAGGGAUGGUUCGAGUUUUCUGGCUGCGACAGGAGUGUUUUUUAUUUUGUUUUGUUUGCUACUUCAACAAUUGUUGCUUUUGUUUUGGUGUUUGUUUCUUCAUUUAUUUUCCAGUUUGUAAGACGUUGAUUUUGGAUAUGGGGGAUAAGAGGAAUAUGAUAACCAUUUUUGGUUUUUUGUUUCUCAGUUAUGGAUCAGCGAAUUAUAUUGUUACGGCGACUAAUUCCGAGUCUGGUUCAAGGGAUAACGGUUGUCAGAUUUCUUUUUGUCAUUUGACCCAUACUCUGAAUUAUUUGUUAUCAAUAUAAGCCGAAUUCUUCCAAAAAAAAUUACAAAUGCUAAUCUUAAACUC